UGAAGAAUGCGAGUUGGCGUCUGCGGCAGUGGCGGUCACUUGUCCACCAUCCGCCUUCGAGACAUCGCGGCCGCCGGACGCCACCAUGAGGCCCUCGAUCUUUUCCGCCACGCCCUCCGCCACUCCGAACCCUUCGUCUCUAUCUCCUCCAUCCUUCCCUCUGCCAUCCUCUCCGCCGCGGCCCUCUCCCUCUCUCCCGCCGCCGCCCAGCUCCACUCCCUCGCCCUCAAGUCUGGCCUCCUCCCCGCCGAUCCCUUCGUCCUUACCGCCCUCCUGUCCGCCUACUCCCGCCUCCGCCUCCUCCCCCUCGCCUGUCGCCUCUUCGACGAGGUCCCCUCCUCUGCUGCUCCCACCUCCGCCUUCAACGCCCUCAUCUCCGGCCACGCCCUCGCUCCCGUCUCGUCUCCUGCCGUCCUUGCGCUCUUCUGCCGCAUGCGACGUGAGGCGGUUCCUUUUGAUGACGUCACCCUCCUCGCUCUCCUCCCAGCCGCCCCGCCGGCCGCCAUCCCGCCACUCCACGGCGUUGCCUUCCGGGCUGCGCUAGCGUCCGUAUCUUCCGUGUCCAACUGCCUGCUCUCUUGUUACUCGAGAGUCGGCGCUGUCGAUUUUGCCCGGCAACUGUUCGACGAAAUGCCCGACCAUCGAAAGGACCGUAUUUCUUGGAACGCCAUGAUCUCGUGUUACGCCCAGAACGGCCUCGCUCAUCAAGUAUUGGAUCUUUUUGAUACGAUGGAGCACUCAGCCUCUGUUGAGCCAGAUGCUGUCACACUCAUUGGCGUGCUCUCCUCUUGCGCAUAUCUCGGCGCCCGCUCCAUUGGAAGGAAAAUAGAGAACUACAUUAGCCAAAAACCAUCCUUUGAUUCGAAUACCCACUUAAAAAAUGCACUUAUAAGCCUGCAUGUUAGGUGUGGAGAUUUGGCUCGAGCACGUAAGAUUUUUGAUGAAAUGCCUCAGAGGACCAUAGUUUCCUGGACAGCAAUGAUUGCUGGAUAUGGGAUGCACGGGCAUGGUGAAGAAGCAUUGCGUCUCUUUGAUAAGAUGAUAGAGGUUGGGAUCAGGCCUGAUGGAAUUGCAAUGGUCAGUGUCUUGUCGGCAUGUAGCCAUGGGGGGUUGGCUGACAAGGGAAUGUGGUAUUUCUCUUCAAUGAAGACAGCAUAUGGGGUUGUGCCAAGUCGAGAGCACUAUGCUUGUGUGGUGGAUCUUUUGGGCCGUGCUGGCCAGCUUAAGGAGGCUUGGGAAUUGAUUGAGUCAAUGCCAGUGGAGCCUGAUGGUCCCAUUUGGGGUGCAUUGUUGGGUGCAUGCAAAAUCCAUAAAAACGUUGAGUUGGCAGAACUGGCUUUUGAGCAUGUCAUUGAGCUUGAGCCGACAAAUGUUGGUUACUAUGUCUUGUUGUCGAACAUAUACUCUGAUGCUGGAAGGUUGGAUGGUGUGGCGAGGGUGCGAGCUAUAAUGAGACAGAGAGGGCUAAAGAAGGGCCCUGGUUGUAGUUAUGUUGAUCACAAGGGGAAAGUUCAUUUAUUCAUGGCUGAUGAUCAUUCUCAUCCACAGGCAAAGAAUAUUUAUGAGAUGGUCCUUCGAUUGGAGGCUAUGGUGAAGAAUGAUAGUGAGAUAUACGGGAAUAAAAGGAAGGAGAAUCUGCCACUGACAGGUUUUCAUAGUGAAAAGUUAGCAAUUGCUUUUGGGCUUUUGAAUACUGAGGCUGGGGCAGAAAUUGUGGUGAUUAAGAACUUGAGGGUAUGCGAGGAUUGCCAUCAGUUUAUGAAGAUGGUUUCUCAGGUAGUUAAUAGGAAAUUUGUUGUGAGGGAUGCGAGUCGCUUCCAUCAUUUUGAAGGUGGAGCAUGUUCUUGUAAAGAUUAUUGGUGAAGUUUGUUACUCAUUAUCAAAAGUGCUAGAAUGAAUUUGGAUGGCAGCUUCAUCUCAGCCUAGCGGCCAUUCAGCAACCAAUGCAUACUCAUUAAUCUAGGAAAGGAUGAACGAAUCUGCAGAGAUAUUUAAACUAAGAUUUUCAGCAUUUUGAUCCUUGAGUUGCUGGAGAAGAUGUGAAUAAUAAGUUAGAUGUGAAAUCAGGGGAGUUUUGAAGGGAAGAUGAUGGUGCUGAUUGCUACAACAGUAACAGGGAUGCUUAUUCGCCUAAAGAGUACAUUUUUAUUGAUUGAAUUGAUGAACUAUUUUGGUUCAGGUUCUUUAGUAUUGAUAUCCUCAUGGGAGCGCAAGGACAGUAAAAAUUGGAUAUACACCCGGUAAAUCCUGCUGCUUUUAUGAAUGGAAUAUAAUAGUAUAACCGUCGGUACUCCUAUAAAAGCAGAAUAAUUGUACACCUCCAAGAAGAGCUGUGACAUCCUUAGCAGUGAUCCUGGGUAUAUUUUUUACAUAAAGAACUCAGAUGAAAAUAAAGAUGUUUCAGUCUGCUUAAUUUGGUGUGCCAUUGUAACUAUGCUUGCGUAGUUGUUGGUAGGUGCAGAUGCUGCUACUCACUUUAGUUUGUACAAAUUCUUCUGCUGCUGCAGUUCUUUAUAUGAAGGAAUGAUAAUUGAGAUUGCCAUGGAAGAGAACACUCGGUUUCAGAUAUUCUACCUGUUUCCAGGUUCCAUUGCUCCUACAGAUGAGAUUGUGGUCUGGUCACUUGAAGUUGGGGCAAAGGUUCUUGUGGAAGCCUGUGUUAAGUGUUCCUCACACAGUGGUGGAUGUGCAGAAACUUGAUGUUGUUUUCCUGGUUAAUCACACAAGGUGUUUGUAUACCUUCUGUUGACUUGUUCAUGCAUCCUAUAUCACCAAUUAUGGUUGGAGUAUUUGUGAGUAAAGGAUUGAUAAUCUCCAGAUGCUACAGGCAUUCGUUUCUUGUUCGGUAAACUUCAGCUCUUGUCCUCAAUGCCUCUAUACUAAGGAGAUAGAUUCCCUGCUAGAGCACAUUUAUACCAAAUAUGUCUCUGAGGUGUUACCUCAUCAAGUGUUUGGGAUGAGAAAUGUGGAUUUAUUACUAUAUUAUUAUAACCUCACAGAUUCUGCUGCCUGAUAUGGAAAUCUGUCAUGGUGGAUUUUAAGCUAUGUUACAGAGGUAGACAUGGAAACUUUGUUAGUAAUCUAGAACAUGACACUUGACCUGAUCUAUGUUCCAUUUCAUGGCUGCUGGUCUGGGGUAGUAGUGGGAGAGAAGUCCUGGAGAUCUUUUCUAUGUCAAACUUUGAACAGUGGUACAGCACUCAGUGGUCCUCCUCUUUGUAGACCUUUCUUAUGUCAAACUUCGAGCAGUGUUGCAGUACUUAGUGGUCCUCUUCUGAAACUUCAAGAGAUAAUGCACAUUGAUUUGGAGUAGGAGCCUCUCUUAGCUCUGUGAAUCGUCGGCACUCUCCGUGCGGUGGUUGCUGAGUAUUGAUUCAGCAUCAUGCUGUCUUCGUGUUCGGACCUACUCACAUGACUUGCUCGAGGAGGAGGGCAGAGACGCGCUGUUCCGGCAGUGAGCAUGCCUGCUGCGCUGUGCCUGCCCAUUUGGACCCUCUUCUCCAAUCGAGUGGCUGCUGCUUCGAGAUAAUUUUGCUCUUUUCACUCCACUUGUCGCGCUGGAGAUCUCAUUAUUCAUUGCAAAGAUUUGUUGAUCGUCCUGUACGUUAUUGAUGUCCCUCCCUCUGCAGUUCAUGCUGUGACAUUUGGUGGGCAGUCAAUUGUACUCUGCAGACUUUGUGUGAGCGAUGAGAUUUCGUUGGAGGAACGUGGUUGAUUCAACGUC